CUCAGUCAUUUUCGCUUAUCCAAAAUCCUGUCUCCGCUUAUUGCCUCCAAAGCUCUUUUUCUUUCCGUCUCCCUUGCCAUGAUUCGACUCGCCUAGAGCUCUUGCAUCUCGUCAUCUGUCCAUUCGCCUCAGCUCAGCCUUGGGAGGCCUUGCCAGUAUAUCCGCCAUACUGUAGAGCAGCAUCAUGGUGCAUUAUCAUUAUGGCCCGUCUGCCUCCUCCGAUGCCGUUCCCUCCAGCCCGCCCGCCACCACGUCCUCGCCGGCGAGCAUGAUGCUGUCGCCCAUCAGAUCCACGCGGCGAAAGGAAAGACGAAAUCCAUCGGUAACGCCUAGGAGGUUUGGCCGCUUCUUUACGCCGCGGUCGUCUCUUCCCAGCGGACGAUCAUACCUGGGCAUGCUGGAUAGUGCCUCUGUCAACAAUCGCCAGCUGGCAUCCCCCAUGUCCUUUCUCAGCGAUCCGCUGCUGAGUUCGGAUCCGUUAUGUCCACCCUCUCCUAGUGAGCGGCUGGGGGUGAGCGCAGAGCACAAGAGGUUGACGGAGGAGACGCGGACGGAUGGCGCAAAGAGGAGGAGAACCGACGAGACCUCGCCGUAUGCCUUGCCGGAGCUGACCUACCCCACCAUUAUGGAAGAGGAUGGGAUCGAGGAGGAUGGUGUCAAGUCAAAGGAGACUCUUGAAAGCUUGGGGGACCGACGGAAAGCAACUCUGAACCUCUUCUUCAAGGCCAGCCGUAGUGGUGCUCGUGCGUGGCAAGAAAAGUCAGGACUAACUCCCCAAAGGCUUUUUGCCGUUGACCCCAAGGCCCCCCUGCACCUGGAAGGAUAUCAGCCAAGGCCUGUUCGUAAAUUCCGUGAUACUGGUUUUGAAUCUCAGCUUCUUGAUCGAGAGCAUGGCUUCUCAUUGCACCACGGCAGACAGCAUCUGAAUUACCCAGCCUGCGACCCGAGGAUUGAGACCGCUUCAUUUUACAGCCGGAGCAAUGACCUUCACCACUGCGCUGCCUCCUCCGGAAAUGGCAAUACGAUUCCCUUUAGUCUGGCCAGCUGCCACAAAAGCUCGGUUACGGCCAUUGGCGAUGAGCAAGGAUGUGUUCGCCUCUUCAAAACUGAUCUGAACGACCCCCUGGACGACUCCAAAGUUGAUACGUACAUCUCCGUUCAUGACAACGCGAUUAUGGAUCUGGCGUUCUCACAAGAUGAUAUGCGCCUGGUUACGGCCUGCGGUGAUCGAAGUGGCAGGAUCCUGGAUGUUCCCACACUGACAGUCGCCGCUGAACUUGGAGGAGGUCACUGGGACUCAUUACGGCAGGUUGCGUUUCAACCUGGUGAAGCGGCCGGCAACGUUAUUGCCUCCUCUGACCGAGCUGGCCGUAUCCAAAUCUGGGAUUUGCGAUGUUCCUCAUCACCGGUCAACAGCUUCUCAUGCCCUAGCGGCAUUGGCCAGCGCGACACCUCCCUGGAACCCUUGCAAGCCAAGGGCGUCAACACUAUAGACAACGCCCACGAACGCACAGUACAGGGCAAUACUUCAUCAGCCUCCGUCACGGCUAUUCACUGGAUGCCACCGGGCCGCGAACACCUCCUGCUUUCUGCAUCUGAAGCUAAUGCUUCCAUCAAGCUCUGGGACACGCGAUAUAUCAAGCCUCGGCGGCAGGCCGAAGAGACUCCCCUAGCUGUGACUUCAGAGCCACGAGGCCACACGUGGCGUUCCUACGGCAUCACAUCCCUCGCAAUCAGCUCCGACGCAGCCCGCCUCUAUGCUGUUUGCAAGGACAGCACCGUCUACGCUUACUCGACAAAUCAUUUGAUGCUCGGCCAUGCACCGGAGCUCGAAGAUGGAGCAACCAAGCGCAGGCCCAACGGAGCUCAAGGUCUGGGCCCCAUGUACGGCUUCAAGCACGACUUGUUCCGUGCCCAAUCCUUCUACGUCAAAUGCGAUAUUCGCCCCGGCACCAACGGCACCUCCGAUCUCCUCGCCGUGGGCAGCAGCGACGGCUGCGCACUUCUCUUCCCCACCGACGAACGAUAUAUCCGCAGCGCCUGGGCCAAACGCUCCCACAUCCCUCCCGAAACCACCUUUGCCACUCCGUCACAAAGCAUAUCUACACCUUCCGCCUUUGGAUCAUCCGCCGCCACGCCUCUUAUCCCCAUCUCGCGCCUGGGAACGCCUCUUUUGCGUGGCCACAGCCGCGAAGUCACUACUCUAAGCUGGGCGCACGAUGGCAAGCUCGUCACCGCAUCAGACGACUACAUCGUUCGCCAAUGGCAACAGGACGAGGCUCAGGCGCGGUACUUGCGACAGGUGGGCGAAUUUGGUGGCGAGCGACACAUGGCAGGCUGGGCGGACGUGGGAGACGACUGGGAUACCCCUGAUGACGACUCUGAGUAAGUCGUUGGCGCUGAAAGGAAACAAAAAAUAAUGAUGAGCAUAUGAACUGAAGGAUACCAUGGUAUGGAAUUAUUGGCCUGUUUUUCUCACUCCCCCGAGGCUUCACUUUUUUUUCUUUCCAAUGCUUCAAAAGUGUAUGGGCAUGUAGCAAUAAUGUGCUUGGAUAAGCAUUAUACGGGGAUUGGUCUGAGCUAUACACGUUGUUUGAGAGAGAGUUGAAUUCUUUUUUUGGGCCUGUUUUUAUAAUUGUCAAAAGCAUAGCAGCGGCGUUUGUAGGGUUAGUUGCGGCAUAGCCAAGCAUCCAAGCAUUGUUCAAGCCAUGAUGGGCGAAUACAUGUAAAAUAAACGAAAUGAAAGAAAUUAACUUGCGU